AUUUACAUCCUUAGCCUACCUGAUGUUGUGUAUACCAUUCGCACGCCGGUGUUGCUAUGCACCAAAAUUGACUCAUAAAAAUAAAAAUUAGAAUAAGAAACGAAACGAAACGAACUCUCGCCACGUAAAAAGUCAUUAGACUCAACUUGAUUCCAAUCAAAGAACAUCUGACAUAGACUAACGCCUGAUUCUGAGUGAAGAUUCAUCUAAGUGUCAUCUACCCACGUACACCAUCUGUUGUCCAAGCUACCGUACACCAAGUUAUUCAUCAGAACAUCGUGAUGAGCCACUAACAUAAGUCCGUGUGUCCUAUCAUGGAGUGUCAAAUGAUCUACCCGCCACAAAAAAGGAAACCAUCUUGUCCGGCGCCCUGCGGGCCAUGCCCCCCAUGCCCUAAGCCGUGCCCUCCCUGCCAGACCAAGUCGUGUCGGAUCAUCUUGCCCCCCGAACCCAAGCCGGGUGUUUUUGACGAUUUAAGACGUCACAAUUUCUUCAACUGCGUUGGCAAUGUUCUGACUUUCUUGGCAGCAUUCUUCUUCCUCCUGUCAAUAUUAGAAUAUCUGAUAUACCAUGAAAUUGGAUCGCACUCCACAAAACAACCUGAUAUUUACGUCCAUGCAUGUGAAUUGGAACCCGAACCAUAUCCUGAACCGGACCCUGAAUACGAACAAGUACCCGAAGUCCCUGAGCCCGAAGAAGAAUCAGAGCUUGAACCAGAACCAGAACCUGAACCAGAGCCUGAACCUGAACCAGAGCCUGAACCAGAGCCUGAACCUGAACCAGAGCCUGUAACCGAGGUCGAUGAUGGGUCAUACGAGCCAGAACCUGAACCUGAACCUGAACCUGAACCUGAACCUGAACCUGAACCUGAACCUGAACCUGAACCUGAACCUGAACCGGAACCGGAACCUGAACCUGAACCUGAACCGGAACCUGAACCAGAGCCUGAGCCUGAGCCUGAGCCUGAGCCUGAGCCUGAACCGGAACCUGAACCAGAGCCUGAGCCUGAACCAGCGCCUGAACCUCAACCUGAACCCGAGCCUGAACCAGAACCUGAGCCUGAACCUAUACCAACGCCGAAAGAGGACCCUAAGCAGGCCGUGCCACCAAUAGAUGAAGAGCCAUUUGUGCCUGAACCUGAACCUGAACCUGAACCUGAACCUGAACCUGAACCUGAACCUGGACCUGAACCUGAACCUGAACCUGAACCUGAACCUGAACCUGAACCUGAACCUGAACCUGAACCUGAACCUGAACCUGAACCUGAACCUGAACCUGAACCUGAACCUGAACCUGAACCUGAACCUGAACCUGAGCCUGAGCCUGAGCCUGAACCUGAACCUGAGCCUGAACCGGAACCUGAGCCUGAACCGGAACCAGAACCCGAACCAGAACCAGAACCCGAACCGGAACCGGAACCCGAACCUGAGCCUGAACCUGAGCCUGAGCCUGAGCCUGAGCCUGAGCCUGAGCCUGAGCCUGAGCCUGAGCCUGAACCCGAGCCUGAGCCUGAACCUGAACCUGAACCUGAACCUGAACCUGAACCUGAACCCGAACCUGAACCCGAGCCUGAGCCUGAGCCUGAACCCGAACCCGAGCCUGAACCAGAACCAGAACCUGAGCCAGAGCCAGAACCAGAACCAGAACCAGAACCAGAACCAGAACCUGAGCCAGAGCCAGAACCAGAACCAGAACCAGAACCUGAGCCAGAGCCAGAGCCGGACCCAGAACCCGAGCCUGAGCCAGAGCCUGAGCCUGAGCCCGAACCCGAACCGGAACCGGAACCUGAGCCAGAGCCAGAGCCAGAGCCAGAACCAGAACCACAACCAGAACCAGAACCAGAACCAGCGCCCGAACCCGAACCUGAACCUGAACCUGAACCAGAACCAGAACCUGAACCUGAACCUGAACCUGAACCUGAACCUGAGCCUGAGCCUAAGCCUGAACCUGAACCUGAACCUGAACCUGAACCUGAACCUGAACCUGAACCUGAACCUGAACCUGAACCUGAACCUGAACCUGAACCUGAACCUGAACCUGAACCUGAACCUGAACCUGAACCUGAACCUGAACCUGAACCUGCACCUGCACCUGCGCCUGCGCCUGAGCCAGAGCCGGAGCCAGAGCCAAAGCCAGAACCAGAACCUGAACCCGAGCCGGAACCUGAGCCCGAGCCAUUGCUUCCGCCAAAGCCUGAGCCUCCCAAACCGAUUAUUCCAAGACCAAAAAAACCGAGAAGAACAAUAUGCUGGAGUGGGAAAUUUUACGGGGAAGGCAAACGUAAAAUCGCGAACUGGUUCAUCUUCCUCUUCUUCGGCCGAUAUUGACCACAGUGUCAUGUGACAGGAGCCUUGAACGAAUGGUUACCUCGACAAACACACAUCUUUACACAGGUUGCAGGUUUCCGCAACUCACAGCUUACCAAAGACUUUUUCACCAUUUGCUUAUUGUCAAACAGUUACGACUUUUAUUUAUUUGGCUAUCUUUUGCUAAUUUGUGGCUGUUGACAGUUCACUACGACAUAUUUUGUCCUCAAUAUUUGCCACUUUGUCCAACAUGUUGCGAACACUGUUUAAAGUAUAUGUUCGUGAAUACACACGAUAAGACAUUGAGUGUGUGGUGUAUGUUGGAUUCAUGAAAUUUUACAAUUUCAAAAGUAUAAAUAUUGUGUGUUUUAAACUUCAAGGUGUACAUGACAUCUAUGACCAUUACAUAAUAAAAAAAACGUAGAUUUAAA